UAUAGUCUGCGAGGCACCAGGGAAGAGUACACCAGCCCCUCCUGCUCCUGCGACGCCUCCCCCGCACUCGCCGCCGCCGCCGCCUUCAGGGUCCCCAGCUGUGCCGCCCUCGCCCAGCCCCGCCCCGCGCCGCCCCGCACCAUGGGCAACGUGCAGCACGCAAUCAAGAUGCCUGAGGGAGACUGGGAGAAUGGCAAGUCGCAGGUGCUCUGUGAGGGGAGGAAGUCUGGCACCGAGAAUUCCUUCGUCUGUCGCUACUGCCAGAGAGUGUUUCGCAAGAGUUACAACCUCCUCAUCCACGAACGCUCGCACGAGGAUCACACCAAAUGCCACUACGAUGUGUUCCGGGUUCGAUCCUCCCUUCAGGAACUCAAGAAUUACAACUAUGCAACAUUGGCUUAUAAACUGUGGUAGUCCAAACGCCUACACCACAUUCCACCUCCACCCCCUCCACCUCCUCCACCUCUCCGCCCUCUCCUUACCCCCCUGCAAGCAACUAGUGUAAAUCCGCGGUGCUGACUCAAGGGAAACACAGUCAUCACCUCCUACCGCGCCUUCUACAGUAAAGGAUCCGCCCCACCACUCACUCCCCCAUCCACUCCUAACAGUAUCGCGUCCACACCUCGACGUCCCAAGAUCCUUCCCUCCUGCAGGACUCCCCGUGUAGGAUUCAGUGUGUAGGAUCUUUAUUUUGUUGUCUUAUUUUGUUCUGAGUCCUUUAUUUUUUUUUGUUUUUUUGUUUUUUUGUUUGUGUGUGUGUGUUUGUGUUUUGUCUCUCGACGAGUUUUUUUUUUUUUUGUCAUUUAUUACUACUCAGUCGGUUGUGCGUUAACUACUACUACUACUACUACUACUACUACUAUCAUGAUCUAAACCACUCAACAUUUUUUUUCUCUCUCUCUCUUUCUCCUUUUCACUUCAUUUUCACUAUUUCUCCUCCUCUUCUUCCUCACCCUCCCCUCCUCCUCCUCCUCCUCCCUCUUCUUACCCUUCUCACCUGGAAAAAAAAAAAAGGGAAAAAAAAAGUAACCAACCCGGAUGUAAAAUAGUUCAGUUCUUGGCAGGACCACAAUAACCUGUUUGGAUCAUGUUUCAUUCCCAAGAGUCACGUCACGGAACAGUGUGAUAAAAAAGAAAAGAAAAAAAAAAGAAAAAAGAGAGAGUUAACUGUAAUUAUGGUCUUUUAUAUAUCAUUAUUCAUUAUGGUAAUUAGAAGUAAGUUCAGUUUAUGAUGUUUAAUGAUAAAGUGUCACAUGUCCUUUGAAAUUCUUACGUGAGUGGGUGUCUGGUCUGGGCUGGUCUAGGCUGGGCUGGUCUAGGCUUAUCUGGGCUAAAUCUGGAGUGAUCUAGCAUGGAUUUGCUCUGAUCUGAACCUGAUAUGAUGUGGAAUAGCCUGGUCCGGUCUGGGCUAGUCUGGGCUAGUCUGGGCUGGGCUAGGCCGAGUCUGGUCCGGUCUAGGUUGGCUGAAUCUGGCUCUGGUAUGGUCUGGCCUUGUCUGGUCCGGACACCCUCAUUCUGUUACCAAGAUCUUGAAGGAGAGCUGAGGUGACAAGGGUAAAGAAAGAAAAAAAAAGUUUCAAUGGUUCAUUUCUAUACGCUGUGUUGACAACUACUAAUAUAUAUUUGUUCUGCUUUGUACUGGAGUGUGCGUCGAAUUUAGCGGAGUCACCCCAUUGUGCUUUAUGUUCAGGCUGUGGUUGACUUUAUCUCAUAGGUACUGUAAAGAGAACGGGAUUAGCUUCUCUUACGUAUUAGGUUUCUUCUUGUGUUUGAAUAGCGAACAAUGAGACAGUGAGGUUUCGUUUCAUGCUUCAUUUGUGUAACCAUGACAUUUUAUUCAUUAGUAUCGUUACCCUUUUUUUUUUCAUAUAUACAUAUAUAAUACAGGUAACAAUUUCAAGACCAAAUUGUAUCACAUGUAAGGAGUUACGGCAGCCAGCCAAUCACAUCCCAGCCCUAGUCGAAUUGACCAAUAGUCGUUCAGAAUCACUUUAAUCAAACCCCAAAAAAAAACAUAAAAAGAGUCAGUUUAAAUCACAAAACGAGACUGAAAUAAUCAUAAAUCCACCAAAAAUCCUUAAAAACUACAUGUAAAGUGAUACAGAACAAUGGAAUCAACCGCCGCAAGCACAACUACGAAAUUACACUGAAUUGGGAGCCGUUAAAAAGGACAGACACAUGAUAAACAGACGCUGGAGAGGCGCGCGACACCCCCUCCCCCUCGCUCCCGGCCAGUGGGUCUUGCUUUCACUAUUAUUAUCCUCCUAUAGGUAAAGAUAUAUAUUAUUUUAUAGAUGAGCUCUGUAUGUGUGUGUGUAUGUGUAUGUGUGUGUGUGUAUGUGUGUGUGUGUGUGUGUGUGUGUGUGUGUGUGUGUGUGUGUGUGUGUAAGGGAACAAAUUUUUAAGGCUUUCUAUGUGAUUUGAGUCACAAUGUUUUUUUUCGAUAGUGUUAAGUCAAUAGGAGAGAAAAGCUAUAUAUUUACGGUUACGGUUUGAUAUAUGUAGUGUUACGCUGCCACACCUGUCGUUCAUUAAUUACUGUUCACUUUUUUUUGUUAUAAUCAUGCAUAUUAUUAUUUUUACAUAUACAUUUUUUUUUUCAUGUCUCGCUUGAUAUAAACAUUCCAGACAAGAAGCUUUACAUUAUUGUUAUUAUUAUUAUUAUUAUUAUUAUUAUUAUUAUUAUUAUUAUUAUUAUUAUUGUUAUUCCUAUCAUCAUUAUUGGUCAUUGAUUAUAAUUAAUAGAAAUGCCCAUAUUAUUUACGAUAGAUUAAGGCAUUUGCGUGGUGGAGUGGAGGAGAAGGCGGAGGAAGCAGGUGGGAGAAGAAAAAGGUGGAGACAUGGCUUCACCACCACCACCAUCACCACCACCACCACCUCCUCCACCACCUCCACCACCACCGCCGCCUCCUUCUUUCACAUUCGCUCUCUUUAUAUUUUCUGCAAUUAAAUCGCUUCGCUUGAA